CGACACUCGCACACAUCCACACACCUCUCACACACACACACGCCCCUUCUCUCGCUCGCGUGCGUCCUGUUGUUCAUCUUCUCUCUCGCACACUCGCUUGCCCGCUCAACUCUGUCAACAUACAUUGACAGUUUGCUCCCACUGUUUACAUUGAUUCACCCAUCCGCGUCCGCCCAUAACCCAACCCACCUCUCCCGAGCAGCAGUGUUAAGAUCGAGUUACCCGCCUCGCGGUAGAAACAAUACAAUGGCCGCCUUCAGGUACAUCGUGCCGGCUUUGGCCCUGGCAGGAAGCGCAAUCGCUCAAUGCGGAGAGUCCGGAAGCACCAUGACCCUCCAGAACUCCGGCGACGCCAUGGCCCUGUCCAGCUGUUCUACCAUCAAGGGCAGCAUCGCCAUUGACAGCGGCACCACCGACAAUAUCAACCUGGCAGGUGUGACGAUGAUUGAAGCAGAUCUCAUUGCCGACAAUGUGACUGGACUGGGAUCCCUCUCCGCCCCCGACCUCGAGGAGAUUGGUGGCCGAUUCGACCUGAACGGUUUGACCAUUCUCUCCACCCUCAGCUUCCCCAAGCUGGCCAAGGUCGACACCAUCAGCUGGAUUGCUCUGCCCGCUCUGCAAGGCUUGACCUUCUCCAACACCGGUGUGCAAGAAGUCAACAUGCUGACCAUUGACAACACGGAGCUGGCAUCCCUGGACGGCAUCAAUCUCCAGGUGGCAGACACCAUUUACAUUGGCAACAACCGAUUCCUCGACUCUGUCAACAUGCAGCUCGGUAACGUGACCGAGUCAUUGACCUUCACCAACAACGGUGCUGAUCUUGUGGCCGAAUUCCCCAACUUGAUCUGGGCAUACAACAUCACCAUCCGAAACUUGUCCUCGGUUGCCGUGCCAUCUCUCGCAUCCGUCAACGGCUCGCUCGGCUUCUACGGCAACACCUUCAUGAACUUCUCUGCUCCCAACUUGACUGACGUGGGCGGCUCCCUCGCCUUUGUCAGCAACGACCAACUCAGCAACAUCACCCUCCCCGAGCUCACCACUGUCGGUGGUGGCUUCCAGAUUGCCAACAACUCUGCCCUCGAGCAAAUCAAUGGCUUCCCCAAGCUUGCCACUGUCGGUGGUGCUUUGGAGUUCACUGGUGCUUUCACCGCUGUUGAGCUCCCUGAACUGGGUGAUGUCCGUGGUGCUUUCACUCUGCUGUCCACGGGCGAUAUCACGUCUGCUUGCGACACGUUCCAGGGCCAGGCUGGCAGCGCCUCGGCGAUCAAGGGAACCUUCACCUGCACUGGUCAGACUGACCCUGAAGACGGAACCAGCACCACUGGUACGAGCGCCAGCCACACUUCUUCCAGCGCAGCUCACCCCAUGAUCAUUCCUGGGGCCACCGGUGUUCUCGGUGUCGUUGCAGCCAUCUUUGGUCUGCUCUAGACUCAUGUGGACACACUCGGCAACGAUGAGGCAACAUUUUUUUUCUUUUUGCUCUGCGGUGGCGUUGUAGCGUGGUCGGUCCUUGGGCACUUUGAACAGUUCGGCCAGCAUUGCAUAGACUAAUAGUAGCGGUCUCACGCAUCAAAAACACUCGAUAUUACACACUACAUCGAUGAUACUUGUCACGGGCCCGAUCCAUGUUUCUCCAGCGAGCAUAUCUGCGGCCACGGCCGAGAACAGAAGGUGGUGUAGGAUGGACCUUGUUUUUGUGCUUUCUUUCGUUCUGCUUGCGAUGGCGAAAGCAUUUCGCUGCGCAUGUUACACUGCAUAGUCUGCGGACUCUUUUUAUGUGGGAAAGGAAGAAGACAUGGGGACAUGCAUCAUCAUCACCACCAUCGUCACCAUCAUCAUGGUCAGAUCGCUUCGUGGAAACGAAAUGGCAGCAGUUGGUUGCAGGGCUGCGCAGGACGGAGCUUGGGCUGCGGUCGAUGUCGUGGUAGUAGGGGCCUCUACGGCGCACACGAGAGUAAUAUAAUACGAGACUUUU